AUGAUAGAGGAGAUAUUUAUAGUUGGAAGGGGAGAUCGAGUUCUAUAUGGAGACCCGAGUAGGUAUGUGAAAGGAAUGAAGUACCCUGUGGAUGAGAUCGAGGGAACCCGGAUGUUGCAAGCUGCAGUAAAUGAUGUUAAGAUAGGUGUUUUGUAUAGUCUUGUAAGUGACUUUUCUAUCCUAGAAUACAUUUCAAGGCUGAAAAGCAAGCUUGAGAAGAGGCUGGGAGAAGUCAAUGAGAAGAAUGUUUUAGAGAAUUACUUUUUGCUACUUAGAGUUGUAAACAAGCAAGAGAGUAUUGUGUUAUUUGACAUGAAGAAGAGGCUUAUUCCACCUAUAGUCAGUAACAAUGUAUAUCUCGAUGUAUGCGAAGAUUUGAACGCUAUUGUUGAUGAUGGGAGAGUUGUGGUGAACAGAACAGAUGGAAGAUGCUAUCUGAAUGGUGUAUUUGGGGAGGAGAGAACAGUGAGAUUUGAUGUCUGUGGAGUGAAACCUUCUGCCAUUGCAUACAAAAACAGUGGUCAGGGUUCUGAAGGUCUUGAGGGAGUAAGGGUGGAUGCAAAGGUCCAUAGGGGCAAGACAGAAGCCGUUAGAUACUCGUGUUCUGACUCAGAAAGGCUUCUUAUAAUGAUUUGCAAGGCUGAUGGAGGAUAUGUCCUGAACUGCCAGAGUCCGACGAAGUUUGAUUGGCUUGAAAUAUGCUUUCCUAUUCCAAAGAUGGCAUCUAAGGUUGUAAAGAGUCAUAGUUUGGGAAAGAGUGUGUAUGAUGAGGAGAAUGAUUUGCUGAGAUGGACAUUUAAGAAGGAGGUUGUGAAAAGGGCAAGAAUAAGCUACCGUGUGGAAAUGUUUGAAGGAUGCUCUGACUUGAGGCCUAUAAUCAUCAACUUCUGCAUCAAGGAAUGGAAGAAUCCAAAGGUAAGAAUAGAGAGAGCUGAAUGUAUUGGAAAUCCUUGUGUGUGCUUUUGGAUUAGGUACAGCAUGGCCAGUGGGAGGUAUGAGAUAAGAAUGUAG